CCGACAUCGAUACAUUACACUUUUUACCUAUUAUAAAAUGGUUCACACGAUCGCUUCUUAUCAACCCAAGCCUAUUCUCGCCUCAAACGAAUAACCUACGCCAUGGAAGCAGCAAAAGGAGUAGGUAAUGAAGUGAGAAACCCCGCUGUGGCUAAAGCAGUGUGGUACAAGCUAUCCGUCAACGACACGGAGAGCCUACUUUCCAUCGCCAACAAAAUCCAUCCCGAUCUCCCAGAAAGCCUCGAGGUCUUUAUAGAGCGCAUAAAUCUCUAUCCCGAGGGCUGUUUAGCUCUCAUAGACGAGCAAGGGAAAGGUAACAAGCUCUACGGCUACGUCAUCUCCCAUCCCAUUAUACGUCGCCAACCACCAGCCUUGAAUAGCCUACUGAAAGAAAUAUCGCCCGACGCAGACCAGUACUACAUCCAUGAUCUCGCAAUACUAUCUGAGGCGCGGGGAUGCGGUUUUGCACAAGAGUGCAUCAGCAAACUUCUUGCUAUUGCUGAGCGCUUUGAGACGACCAGUCUCAUUUCCGUGUAUGACUCAACUUCGUUCUGGGGCCGUUUUGGAUUCGUUUCCGGAGAGAGCGAUAACGGGUUAGAAAGGAAGUUGAGGGACUAUGGAGAGGAUGCCGUUUAUCUCGAGCGCAGGAAUGAUAAUCAAAUAUAGCUGAUGAAGACGAAUGCAUGACUAUUACCUAUGAUCAAGGAAAAGUCUUAUCACUACCCAGCGCACGCAUCAAAGAUCGCAAACAUCCCUUUCGCUCCUUUCCCACCCUCUUGUUGCUCUUCGGGAAUCUUGCCAUGCAACCACAUGCGAUGAUAACUAACAUCCGCGUACGUCCAACCGAGCUCCUCGAAGACCUUCUUCCCCGCCGGAUUAGUCCCAAAAAUCUCUGCAACGUAGCCCCUUU